AACUCAUAAAAGCGCGAAAUUGGACGGUCCGAUGGUAAUACAAAGCUUACUGGAUGCAUCGAAAGUACCUAGGAUAUUAUACACCCCGCGCUCUACAGACGAGUGAUCAAUUUAGAGUUUCCGAGAAUUCAGGACGAGGUAUUAGAAAAAAGAACGAGCAGUCGUUAGAGUUUCAGAGCACCAUAGCUAGAUUUAGAAAUGGAGGAUAGAAGAGAAUUCUUAGGGUUGUUAGCGAGAACAGAGAAACAGAUCUGGAGGUUCCGCCAGAUUUGGAGCCAAAAUUCCGAGUGGUUCUUUCUGAGUUCGUUGUGUCUCAGACAAAUUGCUGUUCUGUCGGGAAUUUCAGAAAAUCUUAUCCUGAGUGUCGUUAAUGGCGGACCACAUAAUGCAGAUAUAAGCAGUGUUGCAAUUUUCAUGUUUUCCUCCCCCUUCCAUCCAGUGCUGUUGUAAAGAAAUAUUGAGAUAUUCAUAGAGAUUAAGAACUAUAAGACGAGGGAAGACUGAGGAAAUUGUGAAAAAAGAAAUACUAAGAAAGUGGGGAGGUUAAGAAGGAUGAUGACAGACUUAGAAGAACCCCCGGGUUCUUCACAUGAUUCUCCUACUAGUUCUGAUGCUCAAGAGCCACCACCAGCAGAGCCUCCUCCUACUUCACCAACGGGGUCAUCACCACCCACUGAGGGACAAAAUUCUUCCCCACCCCAAUCAUCGAAAACCACUCCACCAAAUGAUUCUUCUUCGUUUUCCUCACCUCCAUCAAAUUCACGACCUUCACCACCUUCUCCAAAUUCUUCGCCACCGCCAUAUUCAAGAUCUUCACCACCUACUCCGCCAAAAUAUUCUGGCUCUUCAGAACCUUCACCCCCAUCAGGUUCAGGGUCUUCAAAGCCCCCACCACCAUCAAAUGCAAACUCUUCACAAGAACAAGGUACUAAAUCUCCAGCACUAUCACCACCAGCAGCAGCAGAUUCCGACAUUGUUCAUCCUCCUCCAGCUGCUCCUAAUAAGCCACCUCCUUCCAUCAUUCCUUCUCCAAAAAACCCUUCUCUUUCUCCACCUAAUUCUCCUGAAUCUAUUCCAGCUCCAGAAGUAUCUAAUUCUUUUCCUCCCCCAAUUGCUGGAAGUCCAGGAUUGACAACACCGGCACAAACUGUCUCCCCUCCCCUGCCUAAAAGUCCUCUCAGUGUCAUCCCAUCUCCUCAAGUUCCUGGCUCAUCACCAGCAAUUCCAACCCCUAAUAUUGUUCCCUCCAAUGAGGCCAAUCAUGCAACUCCGUCUACAUCAACUCCAACAUCUCAAACAUCAAAUAAUGUCCCAAAGAUAACCCCUCCUUCUAGACCUUCAGAUUUUGGUUCUUCCAUCUCAUCCAGCAUUUCGUCAAAAUCAACUGAAUUUCCUGGAAGUGUGCUUAUUAUUGGUAUAACAUUAGCAGGAGUGGUAAUGAUUUUCUUGGUCGCUUUCCUCCUUGUGAUGGCAAGAAAGAGAAAGGCAAAAGUAGAAGCCUUUGCGGAUCAGAACAGACCUAAACCCAAUAGCUUCCCAGCCCAGCCAGGUCCCCCACCUGCUGCUACUGUAAAUGAUAAUGAAAACUAUUGUGGAUGCUAUUCUCCGGCUCCAGAACCAGGCAUCAUUGAUGGUGCUAAGUUGCGGUUCAGCUACAAAGAGUUGAUGGAAAUAACAAAUGGAUUUUCUCAGGAGAAUAUAAUUGGGGAGGGUGGGUUUGGAUGUGUUUAUAAGGGUUCGUUGUCAGAUGGGAGAGUAGUGGCAGUGAAGCAGCUCAAGGCCGGUAGUGGACAGGGGGAAAGGGAAUUCCGAGCUGAAGUCGAGAUCAUUAGCCGUGUUCACCAUAGGCAUUUGGUUUCUUUGGUAGGAUACUGCAUUGCUGAGCAUCAUAGAUUGCUUGUUUAUGAAUUUGUCCCAAAUAAAACUCUUGAACAUCAUCUGCACAAGAAAGAAAUUCCUGUAACAGAUUGGUCAAAGAGAGUAAAAAUUGCUAUUGGUUCUGCUCGUGGGUUGGCAUAUCUUCAUGAAGACUGUCAUCCAAAGAUUAUCCACAGGGACAUCAAGUCAGCAAAUAUUCUGCUGGAUGAUAAUUUUGAAGCUAAGGUCGCAGACUUUGGGCUUGCCAAAUUAACAAAUGAUAGUAGCACCCAUGUAUCGACUCGUGUUAUGGGGACAUUUGGGUACUUGGCUCCAGAAUAUGCAUCCAGUGGAAAGUUGACUGAUAGAUCUGAUGUGUUCUCAUUUGGAGUUGUACUUCUGGAGCUUGUGACAGGACGUAAACCUAUUGAUCGAACUCAACCUUUGGGGAAUGAGAGUUUAGUUGAAUGGGCUAGGCCACUCUUAGUCCGAGCUCUUGAGACUGGCAACUUUGAUGAAAUAGUAGAUCCAAGGCUUGAGAAAAGAUAUGUAGAGAGUGAGAUGCUUAGAAUGGUUGAGGCAGCUGCUGCUUGUGUUCGACAUUCUGCUCCAAAGCGACCCCGCAUGAUCCAGGUGGUAAGAGCAUUGGAUAGUAAUGGUGAUGUGCCAGACCUCACGAAUGGUGUGAAAUUCGGCCAGAGCACUAUCCUUGAAUCUGGUCAGUGCUCAGAACUUCAGAGAUUCCACAUGAUGGCAUUUGGUGGUAGUGUUGAUAGCUCUGAAUAUGACAUGUACAGCGCAGAGCACAACUCUAGUGAGGUACCUCGUAGACCUCCAGAUUCCCAUAGACCUGAAAAUGGUUCAAUUUGUAUAUUCCAUAUUCACGUUGAGUUGAGGAGUCCAUGUCCUCGAGGAUACAUAAACGAGAGCUGUUAUGCUGCAAAUACUGUUGCAUAAAGGACGGACUUUCUUGAAGCCAGAAUCUGAAAACAGUGCUUUGUCUCUGCGGGGAAAAUCACAACAACUAACUGCUCUAUUUUUUACUCGUCUGGUGGGUGUGUUCGAUUCAUGGUUGCGUUCGUGUUUCGUCUGGUUCAUGAGCAUGCCAUGCCAGAACCAGCAAUACAUGGUCCUUGAACUGUCUAAACAGAGCACAGCUUUUUGUAGCUUUCUCAACUAGGCAACAUGGUCCACUGAUGUAUAUGAGAUGAUAUACACAUGAAUACCAGAAUUACUAAUAUAAUAUACCAUGGUUCAUAAAAUGAACAUGCACAGAACAACCUCUUUUGCAUUUUUUUUUUUCCGUUCAAAAACAGAACACACCCUUUUUCAGAACCAUGAACCUAACACACCAGUGUCUUUCUUUCUUGCUUUUCUUUCCUUGGCACACUGCCUUUCCCUUUUCCAUGUAAGUUUGGAACUUCUCUUUUGUUCCCAUCUAGUUGGCAGAGAUUCUUUUCAUUUUUAAACUUUCUCGAAGGUGUGCAUUUUUCGUUGUUACAGUCAGUGAUUUUAAUUCAUUAGUACUCAACUGAAUUCCUACAUCCCUGCAAGUUGUUUUUAUGACAUUGAACAGUUUUCAUUUUGGGAAGAGAUAAAAGGAGGCAACGAGAAGGCAAGGCACGUGGAACUACAUCAAGGGUUUGAGCUAUUUUUUCCUGUGUUGAUUUUCACCUUAAACAAAGAAACAAAAAAGUUGUGAAGAGUAUUGCUAGUGUCAAAUGUCAAUGAAGAAAGCGAGGUCCAAGGGGGACUUCCGAACUUGAUCUUAAUCUUAAAGGAAAACUUUAUCUCAACUUUCGGUUACUCUCUUGAUUUUUGAUAUAAUACCAAAGACAGCCGUGAUGCCAGUA